AUGGGAUUAAUUGAUACUAUCUUCCCUCUUCCUGACGGUUGCUGCCUCGCCCCGUCCUCCCUGUCUCCCACAGCAGUGUUGGCAGGUCUCGCGGCCACCCAAGAUAUCAAGAAGCCGGAAGACUUGGAGGACCCUGAAAUUUUGGCAGAUCCGGAGAGCUUGGACAACCUGGAGGGUCAAGAGACUUAUCAAGGAGGUGGCAGUGGCUUGAUUAAUGUUGAUGGUACUGGAGGACUUAAGAGUGGUGUUGUAGGUAGUGGUGGGUAUGUUAGUGGUAGUGGUGGAGCAAACAGUGGAAGCUUCGUUACUGGAAGCGAUAGUGGAGGCAGCGGUGUGUUCACUAGUGGUGGAGGAGGCCCAGGCAGCGGAGACUAUGUUAGCAGUGGUAGUAGAGGCAGUGGGAGCAUCACUGGUAGUGGAGGCAGUGGCAUUACUACUAGUGGUGGGAGUUACGGUAGCGGUGGCGGCUUCACCGGCAGUGGCGGGCGAGGCAGUGCCAGGGUAAACACUGACUUUACCAGCAGUGGCGGAGGCGGCUACACCGGAGGUGGUGGUGCGUCUGUAGGGCAGCGCAACAACCUGGGGGUGGUGUUCCCGAGCGGAUACCUCGAUGCCAUCCCUGGGACUCCCGGACGGGACUACCUGCUCCUGUCUACCGUCCCGUCGACGGCCUUCGUCUGCGACUCUCUCCCGGGCUACUACGCCGACACCGACCCCGCCGCAGGAUGCCAGGUGUUCCACAUCUGUCAGCCAGAUGGCCGCCUGGACUCGUUCCUCUGCCCCAACGGCACAGUCUUCAACCAGCAGUACUUCGUGUGUGACUGGUGGUUCAACUUCGACUGUUCCACCGCCAGGCAGUACUACGACCUCAACGCUGCCGUCGGCAAGCUCGACAACACCGUGUUCUUCUCCGGCAACAGCAUCGACGGCGGUGGCAACACAAAUGGCAACUAUGGCGGCUCUUUCGGAGGUGGUGGCAACCUCCAGCUGUCUUCCAGCGCUUACGCAUCUCCUGGAAAAUGAUUGUAACAUCUGAAGGGGAGAUCCAGCUGCCUUACAGAGAUACGUUUCGCCUGGAAAAUGGGAUAACAUCCGAGAGGGACAGUUUAGGCUGGUGACGGGCUUAAGGCCUAUACCAACUUCUGAUGGGUCAUUAAGCCCACCGCAAUUGCUUACUGACCAACAAGUAAGAACACAUUUGUACUGAACGUAGUUCAGGACUGAAGUAAAC